AUGGAUAGCGAGCACCAACCUUUGGCAACAUCAACAUCUGAGUUAUACAGCCAGGAUGCACCAACCACCAGUGGUGCAGCCUUCAGCCAUGAAUCCAUGGAUGUGACAGGAAAAUCCAUGAAGGAGGCCACACCUUGGUAUAUUCCACCCAAGCGUUAUAUCAUUGCUCUCAUGGCUUUCUUGGGUUUUGCAAAUCUCUACUCAUUGAGGGUUAACUUGAGUGUGGCACUUGUUGCAAUGACCACCAACAGAACUUUCAGUUUCAAUGACACAGUAUACAAUUCUGGUCCAGACUUUAAAUGGAAUGCAUACAUGAAGGGUCAAAUACUUGCUAGCUUCUUCUAUGGCUACAUUGUCACACAGUUGCCUGGUGGUUUCCUGGCCAACCGCUAUGGUGGAAAGUAUUUUUUUGGCAUAGGAAUCUUUGCUACAGCACUCUUGACCCUUCUGACCCCUCUGCUGACCACAUGGAGCCCAUACAUGCUGAUUGCUUGCCGAGUUUUUGAGGGGUUAUUUGAGGGAGUAACCUACCCAGCCAUUCAUGCCAUCUGGUCUAAAUGGGCCCCACCAGCAGAAAGAACCAAGUUGGCAACAUUUGGGUUUUCAGGUUCCUACUUUGGGACAGUAGUCUCCCUGGUCAUCUCAGGAUCACUGGCAGAAAGUUCAGCAGAAUGGCAGUCAAUCUUUUAUGUGUUUGGUUCCUUGGCUGUUAUCUGGUUUCUGCUCUGGGUCAUCUUGGUCACUGAAAGCCCUGCAGGCCAUCCAGGCAUCUCCAAUGCUGAGCUCGACUACAUUCAAAACUCCAUCGGAUACACCGAUGAACAGACAAAGCGCAUCCAUCCACCAUUGCUGCAGAUGUUGAAGUCAGCUCCAGUGUGGGCCAUUGCUGUGGCUCAUUUUGUGGAAAACUGGGGCUUCUACACCUGGCUUACAGAACUGCCAACCUUCAUGACUCACGUGCUCAAGUUUCACAUGAAUGAGGGUGGUUUUCUCUCAGCACUGCCGUAUCUCAUCAUGGGGAUUGUGGUUUUCAUGGGAGGCUAUUUUGCUGAUGUUCUCCGUGCUUCAUUCGGUGUACCUACUAUAGUCGUUCGCAAAAUCUUUACAUGUGGUGCAUUUGCCAUCCAAGCCAUCUUCAUGGUUGCCGCGGGGUAUGUCAUGACCCGCGCUGCAGCGGUCAUCUGUCUGACGGUUGCUGUUGGGAUCGGCGGGUUUGCCUGGGCCGGGUUCAGCGUCAACCACCUGGACAUUGCUCCACAGUUUGCCAGCAUUUUGAUGGGGUUGUCCAACACCUUUGCCACCCUUCCAGGCAUCAUCAGCCCUGGGUUGACAAGUGUCAUUGUCACUGAUCAGGAUUCCCCGAAUGACUGGCAGAUUGUUUUCUACCUGACAGCCUGUAUCUAUGCAGUUGGGACCAUAGUGUACGGUAUACUUGCUGAAGGCAAGGUGCAGGACUGGGCACAGAUUCCCAUGGGUUACCGUUCUUAUAAUGAAGACCCGGAGACCCAGUAA